UUCUCAUUUGCUCUGCUUGUUAAAGCGAUACUUCUCUGACAUUUACAGGACCACUUUCACCAUCAGAGAGGAGAGGCUAUGAAACUUCAGCUUAUUUUCCUUUUCCUGGUGGUUGCUAUUACCAUGGGAUCAACAGCUCGAGACUUUUAUGAAUAUCUUGCGCGACAGGAACCUUAUUUAAAUGUGCCGCGGCGCUCAGCUGCCUCGAAGCGAAUGGCUACAGAACAUCGUAUAUUAGAGUUGGCUCGUCUUCAUCGGCUCACAGAAAAGGCACGGAGAAUUUUGGAACAUAACCGAUUCCAAAACUACGGAAAACUAC